AUGGCGGCUUCCGGCGAGGGAGCGUCGCUGCCGUCUCCGGCGGGUGGCGACGACGGCCGCCGCCGUCGCGUGAGCUACUUCUACGAGCCCACGAUUGGCGACUACUACUACGGGCAGGGCCACCCGAUGAAGCCGCACCGCAUCCGCAUGGCGCACUCGCUAGUCGUCCACUACGGCCUGCACCGCCUACUCGAGCUCUCCCGCCCCUUCCCCGCCUCCAAAGCCGACAUCGGCCGCUUCCACUCCGAGGAUUACGUCUCCUUCCUCGCCUCCGCCACCGGCAACCCCAACAUCCUCGCCCCCAGCACCGUCAAGCGCUUCAACGUCGGGGAGGACUGCCCCGUCUUCGACGGCCUCUUCCCCUUCUGCCAGGCCUCCGCCGGCGGCAGCAUCGGCGCCGCCGUCAAGCUCAACCGUGGCGACGCCGACAUCACCGUCAACUGGGCCGGCGGCCUCCACCACGCCAAGAAGAGCGAGGCAUCUGGGUUCUGCUAUGUCAACGACAUCGUCCUCGCCAUCCUCGAGCUUUUGAAGUUCCACAGGCGUGUGCUAUACGUAGACAUUGAUGUCCACCACGGAGAUGGUGUGGAGGAGGCCUUCUUCACUACGAACCGAGUCAUGACUGUUUCUUUCCACAAGUAUGGGGACUUCUUUCCUGGAACAGGACAUAUAACUGAUAUUGGAGCAGGUGAAGGGAAACAUUAUGCUGUAAAUGUCCCCCUGUGUGAUGGCAUUGAUGAUGCCACCUUCCGUGAUUUGUUCCAAUGCAUCAUUAAGAGAGUAAUGGAGGUUUAUCAGCCAGAGGUAGUUGUUCUCCAAUGUGGCGCUGACUCUUUGGCUGGAGAUAGGUUAGGUUGCUUCAAUCUGUCUGUAAAAGGCCAUGCAGACUGCCUUCGUUUCCUUAGGUCAUUCAAUGUUCCUAUGAUGCUUUUGGGGGGUGGAGGUUACACCAUCAGAAAUGUUGCUCGCUGCUGGUGCUAUGAGACUGCAGUUGCUGUUGGCGUCGAACCUGAUAACAAGUUGCCUUAUAAUGACUACUAUGAGUACUUUGGCCCUGACUAUAAUCUUCACAUUGAACCAAGAACUGUGGAAGAUCUGAAUAAGAAAAAUGACUUGGAGAAUAUAAAGAACAUGAUAUUGGAGCAUCUAUCAAAAUUAGAACAUGUUCCAAGUGUUCAAUUCCAUGACAGACCAUCAGAUCCUGAAGGCCCAGAAGAGAUGGAGGAGGAUAUGGACAAGAGACCAGCUCAGCGCAGCAGAUUAUGGAGCGGAGGAGCUUAUGAUUCUGACACAGAAGAUCCCGAGAGCAUGAAAAGCAAGACUAACGAGUUAACUGCCAAAUCUAUCGUGAAGGAUGAAUCGAAUGAUGAUUUGUAGAAUGGCCCCUGAGUUACUGUUUCUCUGAACCCCUGGUUUUCUACAUGCAUGCUGAUUGCUGAAGAGCGGGGAAGUGUUUGAAGAUGUACUGAUAUGUCUGAGCCCCCCUGACCAUUUUGUAAAACAGCGAAUGUUUUGGGUACUCCAACAUUUUCGCGUCUAUCCUCGAAUGUGCGGUUCAGGAGAAUUGCUUAUGCUGGAAAUGUUUCUGCGUUCGUGUGGAUUUUGAUUCCCCCAACUUGUUGAAUCUGUACUCUGCUCGGGGAUAGCUUAACUCUUCUUUUUUCUUGGCCAA